ACUUGUCAUUUUUUGAAUACAUACAUUAAAACAACAAAUAAUAUGAUACAUUUUAUACUCCUGCUUGUUUUUCAGAUCUUUCAGCCUUGCUUAGGAGCAUAUUAUACCACUAUGGAGGAGGUGAUAAUUGACCACAAUCAGCACCGCAGAAAUUGGGUUCUCCCAGAGUUCGGUUUUUCCUUCCCACUCUCCGAAGAAGCCGAAGAAUACGCAAAACAUCUGGCCACCUUAAAUAUCCCAGAUCAAAUGUUAUAUGAAGAAGCUCAAGAGAAGAAUAUGGUGGUAGAUCAACUGGCUUUUCCCUUAUCGGAUCCAGAGAAAAACGAGUAUACGGAAAAUAUUUGCGAGUUUCGGAAAAAUAUUUGUGUUAAGUUCUGGACUGUUGAAGGGGCAAAGUGCUACGGUAAAGAACUUAGAAACAAGCAUGAACAAUCAUUGGCCGACAAAUUUUCCGCAAUCACCUGGAAAGCUUCUUCAGUAAUGGGUAUCGGAAUUGCACCAAAGAAUCCAUUAAACGAAAACGGUAGAAAGAUAUUGGUAGUUAGGUAUACUCCACCUGGAAAUCAACCUGGACAAUACGACGACAAUGUACGAAAUACGGAAUUUAUUGACUAUUACACUUUGGAAGCAAUGGAGGAACCCGAAAUACAGGUACCAUCUAAGAAUUCGAGAGGAUCAAAAGAUUGUUCAUUGGAAAAAGGAAUUUACAUAAUUUCAUUCGUCCUAAUGAUUCUCUUUGAGAAUACUUCAUCUAGGGCUACUUUCUCAUUUUAAUGUUAAACUUACAACAAAGUGUAAAAUUACAAACUGCUAUUCGGCCAA